ACCGCGGAGUCCCGGCUCCCAGCGCGUCCCUCUGCCCCGGUUCCCUUUGCGCGGGGAACCUCCGCCCCCCGGCCCCGCGCCGCUCACUGAGCUGGGCGGGGCGCCCUGGAGGCGCCGGGGGGCUUCGCUCCAGGCCGCCGCCGUGACCCGGCUGCGCGGUACAGCCCUGGCCGCUAAUGCGCUUAGCCGCAGGGCAGAACUAGGCGGCUUGUCUCCGGCCGGGGGGUGGCGACUGGCUGCUUUGCAGUGUGAACAUUCAUACGGUGGAGAAAGGAGACAGAAAAAAAAUGUCUGAGAGGCAGACUGGAAAUGUUCUUAAAACUGUCCAGAGCAUUACAGACGUUACAGCUGCUUUGUAUUAGUGAGGCAAAGAGCUUGCAAAGUCUACUAAAGGCAUUGCUGUAACACAAAGCCAAAAUGAGUGACAAGAAAUAUACUAAUGACUUAAGAGAGGCUGGUGACUCAACAGAAAGUGCAGAAUAUGAGGAUGAUUUUGAAAAGGAUCUUGAGUGGUUUAUUAAUGAAGAAAAAGAAGAUGAUGAUGACGACCCUGGGGAAACAGAGAAUGAAGAGGAUGUUGAAGCAAAUACUGACGAAGACAAUGAGGAAACAAAAGAAUGUGUAGAUCAGCUUCCUCAGCCUGAUGCAGAUCUGAAGGAGAGUCCACCAAAUGAAGAAAAAUCUGUAUCCAUACCCAAAGUUAAACCAUUGGAUCAUACAUCUGAUACUGACAGUGAAAGCUCCAUCCAGGAGUCCAAGCUGGAAAACCAUCAGGAACUGGAUGAGGAAGAUGAUGAAGAAAUAAAACGUUAUAUUUUGGAAAAGAUCGAAGAAGCCAACAAGCUGCUGGAGAACCAAGAACCUCUGGAUGAGAAUAGAGAAAGGAAACUAAAAUUCAAAGAUAAAUUGGUAGAUUUGGAAGUCCCUCCUCUAGAAGAUACGGAAGCUUAUAAAAAUGAUCCUGAAAGUGAAGAGGAUGUUUCAAGUAGGCUGUCUCAACUGCAUAUUUCUAAUGAGGCAGGACUUCAAAGCAUGUCUUUUUCACUUAAUGGUGGGAAGGAUGAGGAACACAAGGAUGGCAAGAUCCUAGUAGAGAGAGAUGGGAAAUUUGAACUCUUGAGUUUACGUGAUAUUGAAAGCCAUGGCUUUUUGCCCCCGAUAAGUGUUUCUUUCACUGACAUUGAAGCUCAGCCUAUUUCUCCUAAGUUUUCCCAUUCCGUUAUUUUUGGCACUCCCAGUCUAACAAAGGAAGAGCCUCUAGUGCAGCCAGGGGUAAAUGCUUUCUUUCCCAUUGGAGAAGAGUUUGUCUGUUUCCCUAAGCCUCCACCUAACCCUAAGUAUCGCCCAAACUCAGCCAUCAACCUUGCAAGAAGUGUGGGAAUGGGAAGAACUCCCCGCAGGGUGCAGUCUGCAAAUGUUCCUUUGAGAAGCUCCACCUACGGUCUUUCACCCAAACAAAAAGAAAUGCAAAAACAGAUGCAACAAAGGAAAGAGAAACUAAGGAAAGAGGAAGCAGCACAGAAAAAACAUCAGGAAGAAGAAAAGAAGAGAGAGAAUGACAUGGUCUUUAGAGCUUGGUUGCAGAAGAAAAAAGAACAAGUGCAGGAAGAGAAGCGAAUUCAGCGUGCAAAGGAACUAGAAGGCUCACAUAGUAGACAGGAGAACAGAGAUCCAGAGGAAGCUUUCAGGUUAUGGCUUAAAAAAAAGCACCAAGAUCAAAUGAAAGAAAAACAAAUGGAAAUCCUUAGACGGCAGGAAGAGUGCCUGUACUUCCUUCCAAGAACAGAAGAACGUGACAGAGCCUUUAAACAAUGGCUAAAAAGAAAGAGAGAGGAAAAGCGAGCAGAGGAACUGGCUGCCAAAGAGCGAUCGAGGCAACUUAGGCUAGAAGCCAGAAGAGCAAAACAAAUCCAGAAUAUCCUCUGCACUAUUUCUGAACCGAAAUCCUUCCGCUUCACGGACCAUUACAGCUGAAGGUUUGAUGUGUCUUGAAUAUUAGUGUCAGCUGCCAUACCUUAUAUGGCUUGAGCUGCAGCUCUUUACAGCCGCUGCCCUUUUGUGGUAUUUGAAAAUCUUUAAAUAAUGGUUUAAAAUUUUUCUCUUAACUGACAAUGUGUUUACUACUUACCUUUUUAUUUAUUUAUUUAUUUAGAAUGUGAAAUGACAAACCUGAUUCUGUUGUGUGUAUGACUCAGUGGUGCUCUCAAUCCCACUGAGCCAAAGUGAGAAUAAAUAUCCAUAUAGCUGUG